GGCCCCCUGAGGAUACAGAAGGGGCGCGAUGGCAAGAGCCCGCCCCCGCGAACAGACUCGGCCGGCAGCUCAAGCCAGCCUGCCUUUUCGCGCCCGCCCCCUAUGCCGUCAUUCCCUGCCCCGCCCUCGAGUCCGCCCACUGCUCCCCUGCCCUACCCCGACAACGACCGGCCGCCCAACGUCCUGGGCACAGGGCGAUAUACGCCGCUCAGCGAGAGGGAGCAACGGAGCGCCAACAGGACACCUGAGGGAAGAGAGCAACCGAGGAGGGGGUCGAAUGCGACAGGGCCGAGUCCCACCUCGCCCGGCCAGCGCGCUCGCUUUGAUGCCAACGACCCAAACAGGCCGACGCUCAGUGGCUACGGCGGCAGACACGCCGACGGGACAGUCCAGCCUUCGAGGCUGGCGGAGCGAAGAGGCACUGCGCCAAAGCCCCUACCGGAUUCCCCGGGGCCAGAGACGCCCGACAAGGAGGGUCUCUUCCAAAAGGCACCGCAGAGGAAGGGCAGCGCAGAUGUGGCCGCCCAUAACCCAUAUCCCGAAUACCACCAGCAGUACUUUCCUCCCCCAAGCGGACAAUCGUCCAGCCAAGCCAGCCAGAACAAUGUCGUAUACACAGGCCCCAACCAGGACGAGCCUGCGCUCAAGGUUCCCACACCCGUGGGCGUCAAUCGCCUGAGCUCUACGGCUUCAACCUCGACAGUAAGGGCGCAGCGCGGCUCUCCUCCGCCCCCAGAGACACCCAUUCUUCCUCCCUCUGGUGGGGGCAUUGAAGCGCGCUUUGCUGCGGCCGGCAUCGCCGGAACUUCGACACUGACAAAUCUCCAAGCGCAGAGUGCUCAGAAUGCUGCGGCUGCUCAGCGAAACCAAGUCUAUGCAAACCAACAGCCCCGCCUCACCCUUGGAACAUCACAGUCCAGCCAGCAGCAGCCUCCAAGAAGGCCAUGGACUCCCACCGAGCACCCGGGCAACAUGCCGCAUGGCCCGCCAGCAGUAUACCAAGGCAUGGACCAAAUGCCUUCUUCAGGCACCCCUCCUCAAGGCCCUCUUCCGCAAGCGCCAAACACACGCUUCUCGCCUCCUCCUGCAAAUGCAGCGCAGACAAAUGCACACCCGGAGCAUUCGUUGAACCAUGAUAUGGGUCGUAUGAACUUGAACGAGGAGCCACCGCCGGCCUACUCGAGUAUAACAACACCAGCGGCUGGUCAGACCCAGAGCUAUCCUAAUGAGAAAGGACAACAGCCGGCUGUUCAAGGAGUGGCGCUGUCUGACCCCAAUCAGGGCCACCCUGCAUUUGCAAACGAUGCGCGCCCGCAGGCUGGGCCAUCGCAACCUGCUGCUGUGGUGGCACCGACGCCCACACAGAAUCAGUUUCCGCCACAGAUACAAACAGCUCAAACGGCGCAGCCAGCUCACACUCCAAGCCCAGCUCCAGCCCAAGGGCCAGGGCCAGGGCCAGCAUCUCCCCCACCGCUGCCUGAGGGCUGGAUAGCACACCUGGACCCCAACUCUGGCCAGUAUUACUACAUCCAUCUUCCCACACAAUCCACGCAAUGGGAGUUCCCCAAGGGGCCUACGCCUCUCAACCUGAACGAGCCCAUGUCGCCUACAGGCACAUUUGUUGGUGGCCCUUUGGCAUCCCCGUCUUUUGGCAAAACUCCCAUGGCGUCACCCGGCUUUGCUCCCCAGACAGCUACAUUCCCUGGAGACUUUGGCAUGGCUCCUCUUGCAACUCCAACCACUACAGGCUUCACGGGUCCACCUCCUAUGGCAGGCGUGGAUCAAUACAAGGUCGCUCCUACCAAUGGUGUAUACUUUGGACCGUAUCUUCGAUACACAAACAUGGAUAUUGAACGGGGUCUGUGGCUGGGAUCGAUUCUUCUCAUCACCAAUACCCCUCAUCCGCCCACGAUCCACAUUCACCAAAGUACAGAUCUAUCACCAAACCCACGCCAGCUCAAGGCCAAUCCCAUUUACACACAUCAGACAUGGAUCUUCUAUCGAUACGAUAUUGAUUUGAAGAUGGAGGACGACCGUCCAGCCAAGUGGACCUACGCCAUCACUUCCCACUUGGGAUGUACUCGGUUCGAGUUCCUGGUGGCGGGGCGGCACGAGACGAGUUGGCGCUUCAUUGCUCACUCUGGUAACGACUUUGCGCUCAAUGUCAACGCCAACGAAAGAGCCAAGCUCGGUGGUGUGGGCUUGAUGUGGAAGGAUAUUCUGCAGAAGAACGCCGAAUGCGGCGGCUUCCACGUACAACUGGGUCUGGGUGGUCAGAUCUAUGCUGAUCGUCUGUGGAAAGAACUUCCGCUGCUGAAGCAAUGGACAGCAACAAGUGGCAAAGAGGUUCGAAAGAACGCUCAAUGGACUGCAAAGCACGAAGAGGAUGUUUGCCAUGCAUACUUCCACUAUUACACCAGCCACUUUGAUCAGCCACAUCUCAGGGAGGCCUUUGCGCAAAUACCCCACAUUCUGGCGCUCGAUGACCACGACAUCUUUGACGGCUUUGGGUCAUAUCCCGAAUACAUGCAGUUCUCCAACAUGUUCAAGAACAUUGGAAGAUUGGGUAUCGAGAUGUACCUGCUCUUCCAGCACCACACAACGCUGGAGAUACUUCGCAAUGUCAACAACGACAUGGACCUCUUCACGAUUACGGGUACAGGCUGGCACUUUAUCAAGUAUCUAGGUCCUUGUGUCACGGUAGUCGGGCCCGACUGCCGGUCCGAACGUAACCCGCACCAAGUCAUGGCGGGACCGACGUAUCAGGGCAUCUUCCCCAAGGUUGCAACACUGCCACCCAGCGUGCAGCAUUGCAUCUGGAUGAUUCCUGUUCCGAUUGUGUAUCCUCGGCUUGAGUCUGUGGAGCAUCUCGCCCACUCGAUGGCUACGGGCAAGAAGGCCGUUACCGGCACUUUCAACAUGCUUGGAAAGGUGACGGCCGGUGUUGCUGGCGUUGUCGGUGCCAAGGGCGUUGUCGGCGAUGGGUUCAACUCGGUCAAGAAGGCGAUUGGCAAGUCUGGACUGAUGAGUGGUGUCUUGAGUCCUUUUGGAGAGAUUGAUCUGCUGGAUGAGCUGAGAGAUCAGUGGACGCAUGAUUCAAAGGACCUUGAGCGGACGUAUCUGAUUCGAACACUACAAGGCAUCGCGCACAACAAGUCGUUACGAAUGACGUUCUUUUCUGGUGGCGUCGACUGUUGUGGUGCUGGACUGGUGCAUGAUCCGUCAAGACCGCAGGACCACAAGACCAUGUACCAGAUCAUCUCGUCUUCAGUGGUGAAUGCUCCGCCCAGCAACUACGUCCUGCGGUUGCUGCACAACAACCGUGCGCUGUAUGUGCCAACAAACGGACAUCGCAGCAACAACCAGCCUUCGGACACCAAGGAAGACAUGAUGGAGAUUUUCACCCAAGACGUCAACGGGCAGCCGCGCGAGUACAAGAGGCUCAUGGGCCGUCGCAACUAUGUAGCGUGUGUGAUAUACGAUCCGGACGUGGUCAACGGCACGUUUGGGCAGGUUGUGCCCGGUCAUGGCGGGGGCAAGCUGAGCUUGGCGGUAGACUUUAUGGUGCAGAACGAUGGCGGGUACAGUGCGCCGAUGAAGUACGGGCCGGUGAUUGUACCCAGCGUGGAGUAUGGUAGAUAGACAGCCGGCUGGUGGGGAUGUACUUGUUUCGCUUCUUUGUUGUAUUAGCAGUUGGGCAUGCAUAGCAAGCGUUGUUUUAUGUAUGCUUUUGGGCUUUUUUUUGGUGGUGUUUGGGAAAUUCAUUUUUGUGGGUGUCUUUUUUUUUGAAAUAG